UAUUCGCCUACGCGGUCUCGAUGCGGCUCCAUCCGCUCCCAUUCAUUCUGCGCUCCUCAGACCCGGAAGUGAUUCCACAUCUCUCCUCUCUUGGCUUCAGCUCAGAGUCCCGGCUCCCUCACCUGGUCACCCCUCCGCGGCGUUAGCUACACCUCCAAACACCCGCUCGACAUGGCAUCUGUUUCGGCUCCCGCUCAGGCUGCCCCUUCCUCUGCGUCGUCCCUGCAAAGAGGCAUCGUGAAAAUGGUCUUGUCAGGCUGUGCCAUCAUUGUUCGUGGACAGCCUCGAGGUGGCCCACCCCCGGAGCGUCAGAUAAAUCUCAGUAAUAUCCGCGCUGGGACCAUGGCCCGUCGAGCCGCCCAGGCCCAGCCCGACGCCAAGGACACCCCUGAUGAGCCAUGGGCCUUUCAAGCCAGAGAGUUCCUGCGGAAGAAGCUAAUCGGCAAAGAGGUGUGCUUCACUGUGGAGAUCAAGACCGCUUUGGGCAGAGAGUACGGCAUGGUCUACCUGGGGAGAGACACAACAGGCGAGAACAUUGCUGACACUUUGGUGAACGAGGGCCUGGCCACAGUGCGCAGGGAAGGAAUCCGGGGGAACAAUCCAGACCAGGCCAGACUCUGUGAAUUGGAGGACCAGUCCAAAGCUUCCAAGAAGGGCAUGUGGAGCGAGGGCGGCGGUGCACACACCAUCCGCGACGUCAAGUACACGAUAGAGAAUCCCCGAAACUUCGUGGACUCCUUGCACCAGAAACCUAUCAACGCCAUCAUCGAGCAUGUGCGAGACGGGAGUGUCGUUCGUGCCUUGCUGCUCCCCGACCACUACCUGGUCACUGUCAUGCUCUCUGGAGUCAAGUGUCCCACAUUCAAGCGAGAAGCCGAUGGCACAGAGUCACCAGAGCCCUUCGCAGCGGAGGCCAAAUUCUUCACCGAAUCCCGUCUCCUGCAGAGAGACGUUCAGAUCAUCCUGGAGAGCUGCCCCAACCAGAUCAUACUGGGCACCAUCCUUCACCCGAAUGGUAACAUAACAGAACUCCUACUGAAGGAAGGCUUUGCCCGCUGUGUAGACUGGUCCAUGGCAGUCUACACCCAGGGAGCCGAGAAACUCCGAGCUGGUGAACGAUCUGCCAAAGAACGCAAGGUCCGCAUCUGGAAGGACUACGUGGCACCCACAGCCAACUUGGACCAGAAGGACAGGCAAUUUGUAGCCAAGGUGAUGCAGGUGGUGAACGCCGAUGCCAUGGUGGUGAAGCUCAACUCUGGAGAACUCAAGACCAUCCACCUGUCCAGCAUCCGCCCCCCUAGAAUUGAGGGAGAGGAGAAGAACAAGGACAAAGACAAACGUUUCCGUCCGAUCUACGACAUCCCCUACAUGUUCGAGGCCCGUGAGUUCCUGAGGAAGAAGCUCAUCGGUAAAAAGGUCAAUGUGACAGUUGACUACAUCAGAGCAGCUACCGGUCCAGGAGAAGGCACCCCUGCAUUCUCAGAACGCACCUGCGCUACAGUCACAAUUGGCGGCAUUAACAUAGCGGAGGCUCUGGUCAGUAAGGGUCUGGCCACAGUCAUCAGAUACAGACAGGAUGACGAUCAGCGCUCCUCCCACUACGACGAGCUGCUUGCUGCAGAGGCUCGGGCCAUCAAGAACGGGAAAGGACUGCACAGCAAGAAGGAGGUUCCCAUCCACAGAGUGGCUGAUAUCUCUGGGGAGACCCAGAAAGCCAAGCAGUUUUUGCCCUUCCUGCAGAGGGCCGGCCGGUCAGAAGCCGUGGUGGAGUACGUCUUCAGCGGAUCCCGCCUCAAGCUGUACAUGCCCAAAGAAACCUGCCUCAUCACGUUCCUCCUUGCCGGCAUUGAGUGUCCACGCAGUUCCAGGAAUAUGCCCGGAGGGAUCCAGGUGGCUGAGCCCUUCAGUGAAGAGGCCAUGCUGUUCACCAAAGAGCUGGUGCUGCAACGGGAGGUGGAAGUCGAAGUGGAGAGCAUGGACAAAGCGGGGAACUUCAUUGGCUGGCUGCACAUCGAGGGCGUGAAUCUGUCGGUGGCGCUGGUAGAAAACGCUCUGUCCAAGGUCCACUUCACGGCAGAGCGCAGCGCCUACUACAAAACCUUGGUGUCAGCAGAGGAUGCCUGCCGACAGAGGAAAGAGAAGAUCUGGGCCAACUAUGAGGAGAAACCAGUAGAGGAGGUGGUGUAUGUAACAGAAGAGAAGGAACGAGUGGCCAACUACAGAGCCGUAUUUGUCACCGAAAUCUGUGACACCCUGCACUUCUACACCCAGGACGUAGAGACAGGUGCCCAGUUGGAGAACCUGAUGGAGACCAUGAGAGCAGAGAUUGCCGCCCAGCCGCCUGUGGAAGGAUCCUACGCUCCUCGCCGAGGGGACAUCUGCAUAGCCCAGUUUGCUGAUGGAGAAUGGUACAGAGCCAAAGUGGAGAAAGUUGAGUCACCAGCAAAGGUUCACGUCUUCUACAUUGACUACGGCAACAGAGAAGUUGUGUCGUCCACUCGUCUGGCUGCCAUGCCCCCUGCCUUCGGAACCAGGACCCUGCCAGCACAGGCCACCGAGCAUGCCUUAGCCUUCAUCCAGGUCCCACAGGACGAUGAUGGUCGUGCGGACGUGGUGGACUGCAUUGUGCGGGACAUCCAGAACAGCCAGUGCCUGAUGAACGUUGAGUACUCGGGUGCCACCUGCCCACAUGUCACAAUACAGUUUGGGGACACCAAGGACGACGUGGGCCUCGGCCUGGUCAAGGAAGGCUUGGUCAUGGUGGACGUCCGCAAGGAGAAGCACCUGCAGAAGAUUGUGACAGAGUACCUGAACAGUCAAGAAUCUGCUAAGAGUGCCAGGCUCAACAUUUGGCGCUACGGAGACUUCCGCGCCGACGAUGCCGAUGAGUUCGGUUACAGACGCUAAGAAAGAAACAUGGAAAAAUAAAAAAAAUAUCGACCAUCCAAUCAACACCAUUCCAAAGACCACCAUGGACGGCGAGUGACGCAUUGGACAGAAGACAGAUGACGAAAAAAAAAAAAACUAAA